AUGCCCACCAUGUUUUCCAGUCCAGAUUUUCGAUUUCUCCAUGAAGCUCCUCAGGUACAGCAACCAGUGGUGGAACGUUUGCUGCAGUCAGAGCCAAGUCUACAGAUCAAGCAGUACAUGAUUGAGCAAAGGAGGUGCCAUCAAUUGACAAAGCCUUCCUGUCUUCUUUGGCCUCUGACGACUGGGGCCUUCCUCUUCGAAUCAAUUUCAGUGUGGCUGGAAAACACUUUGCCAACGUUCAGUGCUGUCCAACACCGUCUGUGGCUUGAGCAUAUGAUGCAGAUCAUUGAGUCUCUCUGUUAUAGAGAAAGGCAACAACAGCAAUGCAUGCUCUGCAGAAGCCGCAGCAACGCUGGUCAACAUACACCAGAUAUCCGUACAGAUGAUCGGAAUGAGGCACUGCUUUGGCACUUCCCAGAAUUCUCCAUGCAUCCUAUGGGGAUGAUCGUCCUGGAGUUACUUGUACAGGGUGGGGUGAAGUCACAGUCACCCCCUGUUCUCCAUGCACAGCAACUGCACUGGGACGUAUCCCAAGUAGUGCUCUGUGCAGGGUGUCCUUUUCACAAACAGGUUGUGACUGACACACAGCAUAGGAUGACGGCCUCAGUGCAGGAAUGGGCGCCUUCCUCCACCGACAGGAACAGACUAACAGAUGCGCUCAUGGUCGAUGAAUCCCUCAUGCUGGGCCACUUCAGCCACUGA